CUCGUUGUGACUUUCAGUGUUUACAAAUUAUAGUUCUAUACCAUGGAUAAUUCAUUUUGCCGUCCUGUAUAACUUCGACUCAAUCAGGGAAUACCUUCUUUUCCCGUUAGUGGGUAAAUUCAGCAUCCAGCGUCCUAAUAGAAUGGAUUGUUUAUCUGAAUUGUCAUCUACAGAAAUACUAUAUCUGUCAAGAUUGUUUGAGUAACGACUGACAAAAUGCAACACGUUUUAAUGUUUGACAUACUUCUCGUUGUUAUUUACGCGCAGAUUAAAGGAGUUCUCCCUGCCUGUGAGCCGUACUUAGUUUUUGUUAGGGAGGAGGAAUUAUGUAUGAAUAAACUGCAUCUGAACCUUACAUCCAAAGCACAAGACUGCGUAGGCAUGUGGGACCAUGUGAAUUGUUGGCCUGACGCAUCUGUAGGAGAAACAGUGUCUCAGCCAUGCCCGAGCUUUUUAAAAUCCGCAGUUAAAGGUAAUGUCUAUCGCAACUGCACUGACCACGGCUGGACUGACCCUUUCUCUCCCCUCGAGGAAACGUGUGAUUACUCGUUCAACGACACACUCCAUUUCUUUGAAGAGUCCACAGGCACCUACCGAUAUUUCUUCUAUGUCAAGACCAUGUACACGAUUGGCUAUUCUCUCUCCCUUAUUUCCCUCACCAUCGCCAUCAGCAUCCUCUGUUUGUUUAGGAAGCUGCACUGCACCAGGAACUACAUCCACAUCCAGCUCUUCUUCUCCUUUAUCCUACGAGCGGCCUUCAUCUUCAUUAGAGAUGCUCAGCUCUUCACCAAUGAGGACCUCUACCACUGUGACUACUACCCAGUGGUCUGCAAGGCCGUGAUGAUGUUUUCUAACUACUGCAUCCUAGCCAACUACAGCUGGCUCCUGGUCGAGGGGCACUAUCUCUACACCUUGGUCAGCAACUCUCUGUUCUCCAAGAGCAAACAUCUGUGGUGGCACACUGUCCUUGGCUGGGGGCUGCCCAUGGUUGUCAUUUCGUCCUGGGGCUUAGCCAAAUACUUCUACGAGGAUGAGGGCUGCUGGGAGACUCGUGGCCAUGACUGGAUCUGGUGGAUCCUGAAAGUCCCAAUCCUGCUCUUCAUAGUUACAAAUGUGCUCUUUUUCCUGAGUAUCAUUGGUGUUCUGGUGGGGAAAUUGAAGAUGUCAGAUGUUCAUGGAAAAGAAAUUAACCAAUGCAAGAGACUCAUUAAGUCAACGUUUUUCCUGGUGGCUCUUUUUGGCUUGCAAUAUGUCCUCUUCGUCUUCGUACCAGUCCGUGUCAGCAACGGAAUGUUCAAAAUAUGGAACUUCGCUGAGCUCACUCUUGCCUCCACGCAGGGGUUUGUUGUUGCUGUCCUCUACUGUUUUCUGAAUGGGGAGGUUCAGUUUGAGAUCCAGAGGAGAUGGCGCAGGUGGAGAAUGAGACAGCAUCUGCACGGGGAGUCCAGACAGUACCAUGGGUCUCUCAGCCAGAGCGGCUCUGCCUGCACCCAAGUCUCCUUGCUGGCCUGUGGCCCCACCCAGGUGGUGUGACCCCCUAUGCAGAAACCCAAUUACCCCAAAGUACCCUGAAGCACAACGCUUGCUCCUCCUAUCUAGACUCCUUGCACUUUCCCCUUUACAAGUAGUUAUUGUCUGGUACUAGCUAAUAACCCCCCAGAAACAGUGCUCAGGACGGAAUGCCAAAAAUAUAAUGCCAGAAC